AUGCCAGUCCUACCAUCUCUAGAAGGCUCAACCUUCGACGUCGACAUCCGAGACCGCCACAUGAUCUACGACUACGCCGCAAAAGACACACAUGGCAAGCCCGAGAAAUGGCGCUACGAAAUGUGGUUCUACAACGAGGAUCGCAUCGUCUACGCCAUCCAUGGUGGUCCGAUGGCCGGCCGAAAGAACUUCCAAACUGCAACAUACCAGUGCAUUCGUCCUGGAGAACUAUGGCAGUGUAACUGGCUGGAAGAGACAGGCACAAUCUGUUCGCUUGUUUACGAUAUCCCAAACAAACGUAUUACAACUUUACUUGCUUUUUCAAAGGGACAUUGGACGCAGAAUGAGGCUGCUCGUGGUGAUAAGCGGACUCCGGAGGAUCUACAGCGUUGGAGGGAUUUGGCUAAGAUUGGAGAGUCGCAGGCUGACCGGGUACUUUUAAGCGAGCAGGCAGAUAUUCUGGAGGAUUUUAGGGGCCCUGGUAAUUUGGAAACUAUUCAGAUGGAGUGGCCUACCUUGUAA